CCCGGCCCGGCCGCUGUUCCCGCUGUUCCCGCCUCUACCCCCCCCCCCCCCCCCCCCCCUUCCCGCCGCCCCGUCCCCCUUUUACCGCCGCUCCCCCCUCCUCCCCUCACUGAGGGGUUCCGUCCGGGGCCCGGCCCGGCCAUGGCGCACUCGGCACCGCUCGGCCUCUUGGAGCAGGGCUGCCCCAUCCAGGUGGAGCACGAUCGGAAGCGGCGGCAGUUCACCGUGCGGCUGAACGGUUGCCAUGACAAGGCGGUGCUGCUCUACGAAUAUGUGGGGAAGAGGAUCGUGGACUUGCAGCACACGGAAGUACCAGAUGCCUAUCGAGGGAGAGGAAUAGCCAAGCACCUCGCGAAGGCAGCCCUGGACUUCGUGGUGGAGGAGGACCUGAAAGCUCACCUGACGUGCUGGUACAUUCAGAAAUACGUCAAGGAGAACCCGCUGCCGCAGUACCUGGAACACUUGCAGCCUUAAGGCAGGACUGUUCUGACACCAGCACGCCUGUCCCUGACUGUUCAACGCGGCCUUUGCUUCUCUGCGGUCUCAGGAAACCCCCCUCCUACACUCACAAUUCCCAUUCUUUAAAGCGCAUCCCUGUGGUGCACGAGUGUGGGCACAACCUCCUCCUCUCUGCCCACGUGUGAGUAUGGCUAUGGCCCUUGGGCCAGGCUGGCUCCGGGCACAUGUGGUGCCCCCCUGGUGCUCUUCCCAAGCCAGGGGUUGGAAGAGGAUGAUUUUUUCACCAAAUUCCAUCAGAAGACCAGGGAAUGACUCGCUUUACACCUCAUCCUCUCCCCUCUGCUUGGCGACAGCUGUGAACUGGCUGGGGGAUGUUGGUUAGGGAUGGUCACAGGGUACCAGCCCCCCUUUCCUCCUGGCAGCUGGAGGAGAUGCUGUGGAUUAUUAAGCCUUGUGGGACAGAGGGAGGUGCUGGAGGAGCCCCGGCCCCAUGGCAGGUUCAUCCCCUGCAGCAUCUAUUGGGUGCUGAGCUUUGCCCAAGCCCAUGUAGGGCACGGAUGAGAACAUGUGGGCCAUGGUGACACCUUGGUGGCUUUGCUGUGGAGACACUGGGACGGUGACACCUUUGAGCCUAGAGACAGGAGCCUUGUGAGGAUCAGGCUUCAGCCGCAGGGGCUGCGGCAGAGCUUAUGCAGCAUGAGUGUGCAGAGGAAGAAAGGGGGCUGAGUUGCAGAUGCUGCUCCCUGGAGAUGCCAGCUCCUGCCCAGCCUUCUGUACGUAGCCCCAGCAUGGCAUCCCCGCAGGGUCAUUGGCUGUCGUUCCUGUCUCUGCUCCCUGCUGUCGGUGUUGACCGUGCUGGUGUGGACACAGCCUGCUCAGGAGAAGAGCACCAGUCCCCACAGCUAUCCCUGGCCUAUGCAAUGAGGGGACAUCGCAUGCUUUUGCAGGGACCAGGGUGGUUUUCUGCAGCUGAAGAGGAAGGCUCCCCCCCAUCUCCCUCGACUCCAGCUCUGCACUCCUCUCUCUGCCCUGGAUCGUAAGGCCUGAGCUGUCAUCACAUCCUGAGAACAACGGGGAUGAGGCCUCCGGUGCCUGCUCCUGACCUGUCUCCAGGGCUCAGUGCUAGAGCCACCUGCCUCUGCGUGGAUGCUUAUUGCUUCUCCUUGCAGCCUUUGGAAAGAAGCCCUGGCUCAGGGCAUUACCCUUCUACUCACUGGCCUCCUCACAGCUCCAAUCCCAGGGUGCUGGCAGCAUCGUGGGGUCCUCAGCCAGCAGCAGGAACACCCUCGUGUCAUGCUGUUACCUCCACGGAUGAUGAUCCCGUAACAGAGCUCAGCGUUGCCACAGUCGGAUGUAGAGGUAACACCGUGUCAGCAGGGCACUGCCUGGUGCUGGCUUGCUGCCCGUCCUGCCUUGCUCAGGUUUUCCAGGGCCUGAGCUAGACCCCAGAGCAUCUUCCCCUGAGCUCUUGGGAUUUUGCAGUGUCCCAGAGCUGGGUUGUGUUGCGGGAGAUGGUGCUGCUGGUACACCAGCCCUAAUCAGCUGCUGGGGGCUGCAGCCAGGCAGAGCAAGAUAAAGAGCCUUUCACCUGGAGGCUAAAUCCAGACCUAUCUUAUCUCUCAGCAGGGACUAAAGUUUACAAUCUGUGCCACAGCCAAAAGGCAGCUCAGCCCUCUCCCAGAGCACAGUCCAUGGCAGCAAAGGCAAAAGCUCCUACAACCUUCUCUCCAGGUUGGGUUGGUCAGAGAUGGAGACCCUGUGCCUGACCUCGGCCAGGGAGGCCCUGAGCUGUUCCUCCUGGCCACCAGCUCGAGGUGAAGCCCUGCUGCCUGCCUGUGCUUUGGGGCUGCCCACCGCUGACAUAACACAGUCCUCUGCCCACAGGCUUGAGUAAAACCUCCCAAACUCCAUCCCUGCCCUGCCCGUGUCCACCACCCGCCUGCGGAGGGACCUGUGCCUGGCGGCAGACCCAUCUCCAGCCUGUGCUGCUCAGGAAAGGCAUCGGGCUCAGCCCUGCCGCUGCCUUGCAUUUCUGCCCUCCUUGCUGCUUAUUUCAGCCUGGCUGUGUCCUUCAGGAUGGCUUAGAGGGACUGGGAAAAGGGUCACAGGUAACAAACUAAAGAAAAGGGGCUCAAGAAGAAAUCUGGGCUGCUAAAUAUUCACUCUUUAACAUGCAAAACACACUUCGACAUCUAGUUACAGGAGCAAGGCUGGCUCUGUUACAGCCAAGUGAUGACAGAACCAUCCCAGCUCUUGGUUCCAAGGUGAAGCUGAACUGUCUUGUCUCUUGCAAGCCAAGAUAAGACACCAUCAUAUCUUUGUCACAGCGAGGCUGGGUGCUUAGAGAUGUGUGCCUGGUUGCCUCGUGGGAGCAAUAGCAUGAGCCCAGAGCUGCAAGUCUCUGCCCUGGUUUUGUGCUCAUCUCCACUGUGUGACAGUUCCCAGAAGUACCCCAUCAUGUCUGCUGCAUAAGUGUGGCUCGCUGGAGGGUGUGCUUUGGUCGCUGCACUGGCAGUGUCCCAGCGUCCAAGCCUGGCUCUGGAGCCCUUUGUGCUGCUGUGGCAGGAACCUCGUGCUUCCCGGCGCUGGAUCACAAGUGGUGAUUGCUGCCUUAAAUCAGGCACAGCACAUGGUUUUGCUGCUGCUUCCCUUUGAGGUGCUACAAUCCCUCCGGUGUUUGACCUGACGGAGACAUGUGCCAGUGUCUGUGCCAACCGUUUCACUGCUGCACCCCUCCUCAGCCCCAGCCUUCCCCUUCCCUGUGGUCUUUGAUGUUGGCGAAUAGCAAUACCCGCAGGUCACCAGCAAUGCCACGGUCCGCGGUGCUUCUGUGAUCAGGCACUGCCAGGCAGGAGAUGGUUUGGAGUCCCUCAGUGUUGGGCAGCCCUUCUUCCUGCCUCUCCACCAGCUGCCCUUUCCUAGCUGGGCUCUGCAGGAAGGAGCUUGGAGUCCGGUGCUGCCCCUUGGUGCUGACUAAGCCUGGAGGAGUUGGGGAUCCUGGACACUCUCUGGCAACAAAAGUGUGGAAGUGGUUUGGUUGAAUAUUGAGGUCCCCAAACCCCUUUGAACUACAGACCUUGGUGGGUGGGGAAAAUGCAGAUUGCUGUCAAAGCUGCUUCCACAUCACCCAACUUGAAACACCCCCUCCCUCUUCCACUUUCCAGCAUUGUCUUCCUCUGUCCAAGGUUUCCAUUCUGUUGAAUUCAGUGGUUACAAUGUGCCUUUCCUUCUCAGGACCUGUUACAAAUGACCUUUUUUCUUCUGUUUAUGUCUAACAUUUAUCUUUAUCCCUCCCUCUGUCAUACUAUAAAACAUGAACGUAAUGCAUGGAAUACAAUACAAUAAAAAGUGUGGCAUAACUGA